GUCGCGCUCCCUCACAGCAAACCAAAAACCAUGUCCGCGUUCGCUGCCGUUCAGGUCCAGGUCGCCGGCGUCGUUGCCGCGCGCGCACCCGCCAAGGCCACCCGCCGCGGUUCUUCCGUCGUGGUCCGCGCGGCGCCCAAGCCCGGCGUCGACGGCGUACCCUACACCGCCUCGAACACCUUCAUCGUCCCCGACGGCGACGCCGCUAUCGUCCAGCGAUUCCAGGAGGAGAUGGCUGCGCGGCAGGCGCUCAUGAAGACCCUCCCGGGUUUCACCUCGUGCAAGCUCACCGCGGGCUCGGGAAACGAGUUCACGUUCGAGCAGGAGUGGACCACUAAGCAGGCGUACGAGGACUACAUGAACCACCCGCAGAGGCGCAAGAGCCACCUCGCGGCGGGCAUCUACCAGUACAUGCCCAAGGAUAAAUGGAGCGUGCCCGAGAACUUCACGCCGAUCCUGCCCCGCAAGUGAGCCGUCGGCGCGCGGUGGGGGGGGGGGUGUGACGGUGUGACGGUGGGUACGGGAGUGUGUCGGCUCGGUGGACGCGCGUCGUCGAGGAUCGCGGUCGUCGGGGAUGGAGAACCGCGAUACGAUAGCCGCGCGGGCGGGGGCGCCGAGGUUAAAAAAAAAGAGUGCGAGGCAAUCGCGCGGCGAUUGCCGGUGGUGUCUAUUAGCUGCGGACGGCGGGGCGGCGCACGGGUCCCGCCGGUUCGAUCAUUAUUGUUCGUAUAGCAAGCACGUGGGGCGCGACGACGCGCCCGGUUGUAAGCCGCGAUAACAUCUGUGGCGGUUC